AUGUCUCCCGAAGCAGUAUCUCCAUACCCCGAGCGACCAAUUCGUCCCUUACCCAAACGACGUCUGCGAGAACGACUUUCUCCUGAUGUUGCCCACUCGAUAAAGUAUCCUCCAGCUCCUAAGACCACAGCACCCUUAUUCUACCCUUCGUAUAACAUCCGAGAAGAGACUGGCGCAAGUACCUUCGUGGAAUCCCAACACCCUAGUGAGCGAGAACGAGCAGAUGAGAUAGAGCGGAACUAUAUUUCGAGACGAAACGCCGACGAACUGGAGAGUGACGAGGAUGAGGCAGCGUACCGAAGUCGUUUCUACUCAAGACACUCCGCAGACACUACAGGUCGAUCUUAUCGUUAUGUCCAAAAGCCAGAUGCCAAACACCCAAAUCCUCAGCCGCCAGCUUCUACCGCAUCGUCAGCUGAUGGGUAUGACUCCUUUGAGAACACUAACAACAAGAAGAAAAGAAAAAUUCCAACUCCGGGCGAUUCCAACUUGAACGGGGUUCAUCUGUCGAGCGAGAUGGCCGGUAUGGGGAUUUCAGGAAGUGAUGAUUUGGCUGAAGAUGUGGGGGUUGGUUCGUACCACCAUUCUAGUACCAUCUCCACACAAGGCAUCUCCGGUCCCGGAAGAGGCAGGUACGGUCGAAUCAGAAACGGAAGGAGCCCUCUAAGGACACUCUCCGAUACUUCUGGCAAUUGGGUGAACGGCCGCACCACAAAACAAAGACAACCCCAGUGGCCAACUCCAACUGAAUCUCCAGGUAUUAUCUCAAGAUCAAUCGCCAGUGCCAACGCCGAAAAGACUCCGAUCACGCCCUCAAGAGGUCAAGAAAACGUUAGCCUCCUUCAACAGGCCGCAAAGAAAUCAAGCCCGGCUUCGACCCAGUUCACGUUCACCUGUGAUUCUCAAGUCCCUGGUACAAUACCUUGGCCAGGACCCAGCCGUGACGCAGCCAUGCAUGGAAGCCCCAAAGCUCGUACAACCACCCACGCCACCCAAACUAGUCCCAACAUGCCCUCAAAUCUAGGGAUGCCUAACAACGUUGCCCAACCCAAGCAAGGUGUUGCAGCAUCUCAGCACCCGCAAAAUGCCAACAAGCAGCCACCCCAAGCUGCGCCCCCAAAGAAGACCCGGCGUCGUGCGGGAAAGGAAUACCUCAUUGCUGCUCGCCAGCGUCGCCAGCAACAAGAGUAUCUUAGAGCUCAUCAUCCUCCAAACCCAGAAGAUAUCUGGAUAUGCGAAUUCUGCGAAUAUGAGCGUAUAUUCGGCACACCGCCAGAGGCUCUCAUUAGACAAUAUGAAAUCAAGGACAGAAGAGUCAGGAAGCAAGAGGCAGACAGACGGAGACUAUUGGAGAAAGCAAAGAUGAAGGGAAGGAAGGGCAAGAAGGGAAACAAGGCUGCUCCGAAGAAUGUGCCAAAUGCGCAAGAUCGACAAGCUCAACAUCAACAGGCCCAACCACCAGCUUCGAUGAACCAAAGCCAGAGCCAGAGCCAAGGCACUCAGAGCGAGGACUUCUAUGAAGACGAGUACGACGACGAGUACGCUCAGGAUGACCCACCGCCACCUUCUCCGGUUGUUCCACCUGUAUCUCGCCAUACUGAUAACGCGACACUUCGACAAGGUCCUCUGAACAAUCAUGGUGGUUUAGGAAGCUUCACUGACAAAGGCGUCACCGCUUGA